AUGUAUACUGUCCCUUACCAGUCGCUGAGGUACUGGCAUGACGCGAAAAGCAUUUCGACGAGCCCUAGGCUCACAAGACAAUCAUAUGGCAAGAUGGUGAGGGUUGCUGAUGAGCUUGCCAGGAAAUUGAAGGUGAUGAGAAGCCCCAAUUGGCGAGCUAAUCCAACUGCAUCGCCACCUGAGAUGGAUUCCACUUCGGACUUCAUUGAGAAUCAAGUCAUGUCUGAGCCGGCUGAGAGGAACAAAAUUUCGGGCAAUGGGUGGGAAAGAGGCUCGUCUGCGUUGCGCCCCCGGAUGGACUCCGAUGUGGAAACCAACGGCUCGAGUCCUCUCACUACCGCGAGCACUCCGACCACCACUGCUGACACGCCGAUAACUCCUUUGAGCUUGCCUGACUCUUGUACGGCAACACCUACAAUCCCUUCUUCUCCAUUGCCUUCACUAGGUAGACAUGGACGUACUUCCAAUGUUGCUAGAUCAUCCAAGCGCCUAGUAUAUACAAGAGCGGCGCUUUUACGAUGUCGCGGGGAAGCCAUACCUGAUACUUCAAGUAAACGGUGA